AUGGCCGACCACAACCAAGUCAUGGCACCACCAGGCGUGCUCCUGUCUAUUUUCACAGAGGCAAAUGGCCAACCCAUGGUAUUUUACAUUGACCAGUUGGACCCAAACCGAGAUAAAUACAUCAAGCUUAUCCAUUCUGCCGGAGGUUUAGUGGAAACAGAUGAGCGCGUCUUGGAAAACCGCCUGGUGGUGCAGUUGAGCUCUUUUGCGUGGGACGACCGUACCACUGUGUCGUUUAGCUUUAUCGACGACUCGUUGAAAAAGGGCUCCAUGUGUUUCAUGGACCAGUACCGGAUCAUGCCGGGCUUGAUCAAGAAACGCAUGAGUCCAUACGAAGAGAGCAUGGAGGCAGCCGAUGCUGUAGCACAUGCUUUAGCCAAGAAGCUGAAGAUGAGCAAAACAACCACAAAGUUCACGCCCGAGGCUGACAAGUACAUUUUGGAGCAGGUGCGGUUGAAGCCACGGUUCAGAACGUCACACAAGUUUUUCGAAGAGUUGUCACAUCACGAAUUGUUGCGGGGCCACACGGGAAACUCUGUGAGAAGUCGGUUCCGGGCGCAUUUGGAGCAUCGCUUGGAUUACGUUUGGAAAACAGACGAAUACGACAACUUGGUGCUUGACCAUGAGGGUCGCCAGAUUGCUAUCCCCACCAACUCGGCAAAAACAAUCAAAAACCGGUUCACUGCCGAGGACGACUACAACUUGUGCCGUGAUAUCAUCGACCACGUUUUGGCCAAUCAGGACGCAGACCAGCUCAAAGUCACAGACGGCUCCUACGAGUAUCCUUUGAACGAAAACAAGUUCAGUGUGCUGAUAGUAUUCUUCGAUGAGUAUGCACGCCUUCACCCACAGCACUCGUCUUCGAGUUGGCGUGACCGUUACCGUAAGUUCGCCCGCGUUUACGGCUUGCAGAAGUACAGAGACUACUAUUUGCGCGAGAAGGACUCGAAGGAGGGCCCACAACCGAUGAAGAACUUAACCUCUCGCGCUUCCAAGGAGAAAAAGAAGAUCGAAAACAACGUGCGCCGCAUGAAGAAGGUCCAGGAUGAUGCAGAGGUUGCUGCCGCUGCUGCAGUAGCUGCGGUUGCCACGAACGGGCAUCUUCUUGGCCACUCUGGUCACCACCACCACCAUCACCAUCUCCCUAUGCCACAUUCGCAGAUGGAUGCCAACGCUGCUGCGGCCGUGGCCAAUAUGGCGGUUUCUGCACGCGAGGCGUCUGCUUUGGAUGAGGAGAUUGGCGAGGUGAAAAACUCCAACAUCCACGAGGCUCUUCGUAACGUGGGCGCAGAGGCUGGACGGGUCAACAUUGAAGAUGACAUGGUCAACACGGGUGUAGGAGCUAUCCAUCCCAACCUCGGUGGCCACUCUGACAAUGACUUUGAUUUGGAACUAAAGACAGAGGCAGACUCGCAGGAUGCCUUUGUUAAGGAAAUCGUGUACUUGCCUAAGGACGCCGACGUGGACGACUUGUUCAACAACAACUUCUACACGCACAAGGGUCACGAGAUUUUGAUUCUCAUCCAAAAGACGUUGAGCUCGUCGGGGCCAGAGGACAUGGGCCACAUUUUCCGCGAGUUCGAGAAUAUUGGAUUGCAAAGGCGUUUCACGGGCCACAUUUUCAAAGUGACAGGUGCCGAUGUGCGGUAUGCACACAAGUUCUUGGUUCAGUUUCUUCAGGGAAUCGAUAACCAUAUCCAGACAGAGGACUUGUUGUUCCCACGCAACCAAAACGGGUUUUGGAUUCCGGAAUAUGAUAUGAGUCUCGAGAAAGGCGACUUGCGUGAGUUGCAAUUCCAGAGCAAGCUGAGCAUCGCGCAACGGCGUGUGUUCUUGGGGCUCGACGAGUAG